GUUGGCAAUUGAUUGCAUUAAAGAAAUUUAUUAUUGUAUGCCUGUGCGUAGCAAAAACAAAUUGCAGCUUCUAAAUGGACUCCAGGCUGGAUAUGUUUGAGGACGUCAAUACAUCGCCCUCUUUGGAGGGCGACAUGUCUAUACCGGGCAAACGCACGACAACAACAUCACAACAUGGAGUGCCCGAAUAUAACACUCUGGACGAGCCCAUACGUGAAACGGUGUUGAGAGAUAUACGCGCUGUUGGCGUAAAGUUCUAUCAUGUGCUCUAUCCCAAAGAGAAGUCGAGUCUUCUUCGCGAUUGGGAUUUAUGGGGUCCUUUGGUGCUGUGCACCUUUAUGGCUACGAUUCUGCAAGGCUCGUCGUCUGCGGACAGCAUGUCUGAUAAUGGACCCGAAUUCGCGCAGGUCUUUGUGAUUGUUUGGAUAGGUGCAGCCAUUGUAACGCUCAACUCCAAGCUGCUUGGUGGCAAUAUCUCAUUUUUCCAAUCGGUUUGCGUGCUCGGCUAUUGUCUAACACCCAUUGCUCUUUCCUUGAUCAUUUGUCGUAUCAUAUUGUUAUCCAGUCAGACGCGUUUUCUUUUCUUCUUACGCUUUGUUACCACAACACUAGGCUUUGCCUGGGCUACAUACGCUUCGUUUAUCUUUCUGGGUCAAAGCCAACCGCCGCAUCGCAAGCCACUCGCAGUCUAUCCCAUAUUUCUGUUUUUCUUCGUCAUAUCCUGGCUGGUGUUAUCGCAUAAUUAGUUAUUAGCUGUGCUUAGUUUAUAAAUUGUAUCAACUUUCCAUAGCAUAACCAAAUCGAUUGUAAAUUUAUAUAUAUAUUUUAAUUUGAUAACUGUGACCAUGCCAUGUUUUAAGGUA